AUGGCAUACUACCAGCUCACGGCGCCUAGCACUCAACACCAACCGAAUGCCUGUAGGGAGACUACGGCCAAAAGCAGAAAUGCAGAUUUAUGUCCCAAAUUGCCUCUGCCAUAUUCUAAAGUGAGGCUUCCGGAAAAUGAUGCGGAGGGCCAGGGCUCAUUCGUAUUCGGCAUUUGGUAUUUUGCAGGAACAUCACAAUUCAAAUUUUCAGAAGCGGAAAUUGACCAGGAAAUGUCUCGGGAAGAUAGCCGAAGCAUGUGCUGGUCUUUAGCUCGAUAUGUUAAGGUCGAAGGUCUGGAGUUGGAAGAACAGUUUGACAGCAGAACUGCAGUGAUUAGCUCAAGCUGUAUUAGAUCGGCAAAACCAAAGACUGCUGGUUCUACUCCUACAGUGUCUCCGGAAUCUCUCCGGGAUGUAGAAGAAUUUGUUGACUUGUAUGAGAGGCUAGCAGGACCCACCCUGCACGUGAUUCCCAAAUUAAGCGUGCCAAGGAACAAUGUGGUACGAAAUACAACGAACAACCCCUGCAACUUGCAAGAUAGACAUACCGGGCAAACCAUAUGUUCGUUCAUCAAGGGCUCCCAUUGGCUAAAUUCCGUACAUUCCAACUACGCCGCAUCCUUCUUAUCUUCGAAGCCCCCCCUUUGUCGUCGUUCAACUCUCUACGAAAAUUACUCGAAGGCCAAACUUCGCCGCGCAUUAGGAUUCUAUAAUCCGUUCCAAGUACGCAAGCACGUUUUCCUCCAUGACACCCAGACGCCGCCCACCGAGUCGCAAUCUGCUCAGAUGCAGGAGCAGGUUCCAACGGAACAGGAAGCAGAUGCUCUUCUAAUGAGUUGUACGAAGGGAGGGGUUCUGGAACUGAUGUCUAAGCGUCCUCGAGAUGAUACAGAGCUUUUGGCAUAUUUCAAGAAGCGCAAACACAGGGAAAAGACUCUUCAGCCAAAUAUCUCAAAGCCUAAAGCCUCAAAGAAGAAAACGACAGUUCCCACAAUCCUUCAAUUAAGUAGUCAUACUGGAACUCGGAGUUUGAUUUUAGGCAAACUAAUUCCUCCCCGGGCUGUAGCGCUCAACUUUUCAGAAACGAUGCGUCUUAUCUCGAAUUGUCGCAUUCAGUCGUUCCAAGAUUUAACUUUUUCCAAGCACCGCAUUCUAUCAACUGUAAUUGACCUCCCGCUGAAACUAUUGAUGUCGACUCGGAAUAGAAGGCUUCUUGGGUCAUGCCCCCCCGGGCACAAAAUACUCCUGAAUACGAGCAUAUGGUGGAGCUCUCCAAACUCUACCACCUGCUCAAUACAUGAAACCACUGUUCAUUUUUUGGGUAAUCAGCUCACUUCCUCAUGGAUUAGUGCUUCCAAUAGCUUUAUACCUUGCGUUAAACAGUUAGGAUUAGAAUUGACGCCAACGGGAGGCACGGUAGCUAAGUCACCAUUCAACGAGACUAACGUGUCUGGUUUAUUUGUGGCAGGCAAUAGCUGUUCUCCUUCGAAGGUAGUGUGGAAUGGCUUGUACACAGGAAAUCUAGCGGGGACUGGUGUAUUUGGUCAGAUCCUUGAAGAUCGAUGGGUCAACGCGAAGUUCAUACAUUCACAGAUCCCGAACACCCUUUGUGUCUAA